GAAAUCUACUGGCCCAACGGGCUCACGCUGGACUACGGCCAGCAGAAGCUCUACUGGGCCGACGCCAAGCACAACUUCAUCCACCGCGCCAACCUGGACGGAUCCCACAGGGAGGUGGUGGUGCGUGGGGAGCUGCCCCACCCCUUCGCCCUGACCCUGUUCGGGGACACGUUGUUCUGGACGGACUGGAACACGCACUCCAUCCAUUCCUGCCUGAAGCAGACGGGCACGCAGCAGCGCCUGUGCGCCUGCCCCACCGGCGUCCAGCUGCUGGAGGACCAGACCACCUGCCGGGACGGUAGGGACCGGGGGGGGGGGGGUGUUGGUUUAAACACCUGCCCCACCGGCGUCCAGCUGCUGGAGGACCAAACCACCUGCCGGGAC